CAGAUAAUAGCGCUGCAGCCUCCAAGCAGCACUGCAGUCUGGAGACCAGGAGGGAGCAGGGCUUCUCCGGGUAGCCUGCCACAGCUCACCAGAGGCACUUGAGGAGGUCAGCAUGGCUGGAAGCACUGACAUGGCAGCACUGGAAGAAAGCUUCCGGAAGUUUGCAAUUUAUGGAGACACCAAAGCUACAGGGCAAGAAAUGACUGGGAAAAACUGGGCCAAACUGUGCAAGGAGUGUAAAGUAAUGGACGGCAAAGGGGUCACCGGCACAGAUGUGGACAUCGUCUUCUCCAAAGUGAAAGGGAAGACAGCCAGGGUCAUUGGUUACGAGGAAUUCAAAAAGGCCCUAGAGGAGCUGGCCCCAAAGAGGUUUAAGGGCAAGAGCAAGGAGGAAGCGUAUGAAUCCAUCUGCCAGCUGGUGGCAGGGAAGGAACCGACCAACGUAGGCGUCACUAAAGCCGCGACCGGCGGGGCGGUGGACAGGCUGACGGACACCACCAAGUACACGGGCUCGCACAAGGAGCGCUUCGAUGAGAGUGGCAAGGGCAAAGGGAAGAGCGGGCGGGAGAACAUUGUGGACACCAGCGGCUACGUGGGGGCCUACAAGAAUGCCGGCACCUACGACGCAAAAGUGAAGAAAUAGGGAGAACUGGAAGUGCCACCGACCCUCCCAGGCCCAGGCACCCCACAGCCUCUAGGCCUUCAAUCACAUCAGCCUUGGGAACUGGCCUUAAUGGCACAGGCCUCCUGAGACCGUGCUGGGCCCAGCACCUAGCCACGGAGCCACAGCUGAUAGGCCUCCUGUCACCACGGGCUGAUGUGAUUAGAAACUGACCUGGUCUUGCACUUUGCUCCCAACAUUACAUCAACUCCAGAUGUGUUGUGAGCCAUGUCCCUCCUGCUAGCACUAACGAGACUUUCUCCUCGUGUGCCCCCAGGGCACCACGCCCCUCCUGCUAGCGCCAACGAAACCUUCUCCUCGUGCGCCCCCGGGCACCACGUCUCUCCUGCUAGCGCUAACGAAACCUUCUCCCCUGUGCGCCCCAGGGCAUCACGCCCCUCCUGCUAGCUCUAUCGAGAUCUUCUACCCUGUGUGCCCCCAGGGGCACCACGCCCCCUCCUGCUAGCACCAACCAGAUCUUCUCCUCGUGUGCCCCCAGGGCACCACGCCCCUCCUGCUAGCGCCAACCAGACCUUCUCCUCAUGUGCCCCCAGGGCACCACGUCCCUCCUGCUAGCACUAACAAAACCUUCUCCCCGUGCGCCCCCAGGGAACCACACCUCUCCUGCUAGCACUAACAAAACCUUCUCCCCUUACGCCCCCGGGCACCACGCCCCUCCUGCUAGCACUAAUGAGACCUUCUCCCCUGUGCGCCCCCAGGGCACCACACCCCUCCUGCUAAUGCUAACGAGAUCUUUUUUCCUGUGCCACCCCCUGGGCACCACGUCCCUCCUGCUAAUGCCAAACAGACCUUCUCCCCUGUGUGCCCCUGGGCACCACGCCCCUCCUGCUAGCACCAACCAGACCUUCUCCCCAUGUGCCCCUAGGGCACCACGCCCCUCCUGCUAGCACUAACGAGACCUUCUCCUCUGUGUGCCCCUGAGGCACCGCGCCCCUCCUGCUAGCGCUAACGAGACCUUCUCCCCUGUGUGUCCCCAGGGCACCACGCCCCUCCUGCUAGCUCUGACAAAACCUUCUCCCCUGUGCGCCCCCGGGGCACCAUGCCCCUCCUGCUAGUGCUAAUGAGACCUUCUACCCUGUGUGCCCUCAGGGCACCAUAUUCCCCUGCUAGUGCCAACCAGAUCUUCUCCUCCGUACCCCUCACAAGGCCACCACAUUCCUCCCACUCGCUACAAUGAGGCCUUCCCUUACUUAUGCCACCGGGUGCCUGCCUGUAUCUCUUCCGCUAAUGAGGUCUUCUACUCACUACAGAUGCCAAUUUCCCUCCUGCUAGUGACAGAUGAGCCUUUUCCAACCCUAUGUCCCUUCAGCUCAGGCCAGGUCUUCACUAGGAAAUUAGGUUGGUAUAACUAUGUCACUCUGGGGUGUAAAAAAUCUGCCCUCACCCAGCAACCCAGUGAUGCCAACCUAACCCCCAGCGCAGAGCAGCACUGUCAGUUGAAGGGCGUCUCCCAUCGACAGAGCUACUGCCCCUCGGGGGGUGGCAUACAUGACAGCUGUACCAGUGCAACUUUAAAAUGUAGACCUGCCCUAAGACUAACGACACCGUCUCCCUUCUGGGCACAUCAGUCACCAGCAUUACCGCAGCCCCUUCUCCUCAGGGCACUUCACUUGUCAGCGUUAAUAUCAAACUGCGUGCGCCUUCCCUGGAGAACUGGCCUGCAUGUGUUUAACCACCACCCCUCAGGCUACUCCAGCAGCCCCAGGCCCCAUCCGUCCCAGUCCAGUCCUCAGACGCCUGCCUUCUUGGAGGAGUCACAGCCAAAGGCCUCCCUGCUCUGUAACCUGCCUCUGCAAUAAACCUCCCCCUGUUUUGUA